AAAAAAACUUUGCGGGAAGUUGAAAAGAAGAUGCAAAAAUAAUUUGAGACAGAUUGACAUGUUUUUCCUGAUAUCCAGUAACAAUCCUGAUCAGAAGUGUGUGAUACUAGGUGGUAAAGUAUAUAUUGUUGGCCGACGAGAUUGUGAUAUCUUGUUGCCUGGCGACCAGACAGUCAGUCGUAAACAUGCUGAGCUCACCGUAUCGCAUUCUGAGGCUAACCUAGCCAAUAUAAAUAGAUUACCAAUCCUAAAAUUGAAGGACAUAUCUAAGUUUGGAACAUGGGUUAAUGGUGAAAGAGUGGAAGGGGAGAGAAUACUAAAAGAUGGUGACUCUAUCUACUUUGGCUCUCCAAAGUCAGGGUUUAUGAUCGUUUACGAGCCUAUGGUUCUGACAGCCUCCUGUCUUGAUGCAGCUGUGAAGAAGAUGGUGAAACAGUACAUGUGUACUUUAGGUGGUCACAUGGUCCCUGAAUGGCAGAGAGACUGCUCCUUACUUGUUAUGAGUAAAAUCAGUGUUACAAUUAAGGUAAUUAGUGCUUUGGUAUCACAAAAAUUCAUAGUUACGCCUCAGUACGUAGAAGCAUAUAAAAAACAUUUGCAAGGUUUAGAGGAGAAACCUGAUCCAAGCAGGUUUACACCAGAAUUGGCUGAAACACAAGUAGACACUAAUGAAGUCUCGUUUAACCCGGAUUCACGACGUAAGACAUUGUUUCAAGGCAUGUUGUUUUAUUUCCUCAGUCCUAAACAG